AUGAUCGGUAUCCUCUUAUCUCUCCUUCCUAUUCUAACUGUAUCAUUCAUCAGGCGGGCCCAGGAGUCUGCUACGAUGUGGGAUGAGUACUGUCAGUAUCUCAAUGGUCCCGCCAGUGCCUGCGCCGGGUCGAGUUGCACCCAGGGUGGGCAGGCUUGUGGUGAUGGACCUCCCUUGACGACUACUGUUGGUCCUGAGGUCGGUGACGCUGAUGAAGUCCGAAGGGCUUGUGACAGUUACUGUCAAGUUUUGAACGGUGCCGCUUCCUUUUGUAAAUGGUGGUUCGAGUCUCCUGUCUGCCAGUACGGUGAUCAUCCCUGUGGUACCAUGGAGAUCUGUGGUGCUCCUCCCCAGUUUGAUCGGCCCGUUGGUGAUUAUUCAUCUGAGUGGCACGAUUACUGUAAGGCGUUGAAUGGUCCUAGUAGUCGUUGUGAUGGUACUUGUACUAGUGGCGGUCAGCCCUGUGGCUCUGGUCAGAUCCCCUCUCUCGAGGUCACUACUGUGGCUCCACCUGUUGUUACUACUGUAAUGUCUCCCCGAGCUCCUGAUGUUAUCCCUGGGAGUAAAGUCAUCGUUGGAUGUGAUGACUAUUGCAAAAGACUAAACGGCGAGACCUCAUUCUGCAAGUGGUGGUUUAUGGAUCCGGUGUGCCAGUUUGGUGAUCAGCCUUGUGCCGAUGCACAAACCUGUAACUCCGAGGGUGUUCCUAUGGCUGCCCAAGUCGACCCUGUUCCUCCAGUGGACACCAUCUCUUCUAUCGACACCAUGCUUCCUGUUGAAACUCUCCCACCGGUUGACACCAUACCCCCAGUCGACACUGUCCCUCCUGUUGAUACUCUCCCUCCCGUUGAGUACGUUCCCCCAUUCGAUGACGUGCCGUUGGUUGACGCUGUGCCUCCUGUGGACAACUCGGAUGGGUCGUCAGACCCGACAGCUCCAGGCGAUGCUGUACAGCAGACUUGUGAUGUAUUCUGCGCUCAACUCAAUGGAGAGAACUCCUUCUGCAAAAUGUGGCACACCAAUCCUGUAUGCCAACACGGUAAUCAACCUUGUGGUACUCUGGACCUUUGCGGUGAGCCUGUGAAUGGUGUCAGUGUUGACGUGAGUCGAGCCCCUGCUGUCUUACCCAGUGGAGAUGGUCAACAUUAUGCCGAGUGUGACAAGAUGUGCCAGAGCCUGAACGAUGCCACUUCUUACUGCAAAUGGUGGAUGAAUACUCCUGUCUGUCAACACGGUGAUCAGCCUUGUGGUGAUGCCUCCGUUUGCCAGUCCGAGACGUGGCCUUCUCCCCCGGCCCCUCAACUGCCCCCUGGUGCCCAUUCCGAGGCGUCUGCUGAGUGUGACACUAUGUGUAAGGAGUUGAAUGAUGAUAGUUCUUACUGCAAAUGGUGGAGAUCAGUGCCGGUGUGUCACGGCGGAGAUCAGCCCUGUGGCCCUGGUAGCUGCAAUGGAGUCGCUGUGGUAUCGACUCGGCUACCAUACUCGAUGCCAACUGAGGUUGUCGUCAUUACUACUCAAGCUCCUCCUCCUCCGCCUCCGAGAGCUGUCACUGAUGCCCCUGUCGUACCUGUUGCUUCUGGAGCCCAUUCGAUGCCUAAUGCUAAAUGCGAUGCAUACUGCAGUGAGUUGAACGGUCCUGGGUCCUACUGUAAAUGGUGGAAGGAUAUCCCCGUUUGCAAAGGAGGUGAUCAGCCUUGUGGCGCAGAGGUCUGCGAUGAUCCAACCACUCGUUGA